AUGUUUUCUUGGAAAUCUGCCGCCAUCCUCUGCCCCGGCAAUGCCGCCCUCGCGACCCAUGGCUCGCUCACGCUAGUCCGGGCAGCAACAACCUCAUCAAGUCGGCUAUGUGGUCCUCUAGCCGUCGAUCCCGUCUUCUUUGACCUUCGUCCGAUCGCUCCGACUGCCCGGGGAGCUUUCCAAACCCGCCGUUUCGCUUCGGUUCAUCACGGCGCAGCAGACGCUGAGCUGCCGAAAGAUCACCCCGCAUUGCAUUGGCCCGCGUCCAAAAACCCUACACCCUACGAUAUAUUUGGGCAAAGCAAGAACGAUCCGUAUAACAAGAGGCGAUUCCAUGAGCUGGUGAAGCUUUACCACCCGGACCGGCACCCCCACCCGGGGCUUCGCGACAUCCCUCAUCCAACCAAGCUUGAGCGCUACCGUCUCGUCGUCGCCGCCAACGAUAUUCUAAGCAAUACGCAAAAGCGCCGCAUGUACGAUCUCUACGAUCUUGGUUGGAGCAACCAUCCGGAUCUGCGCUACGACGACGUCCCCUCGAAUCACAAUGCCUGGCACCGCCGCCCCGGUAAUGCGAGCAUGAACGCUACAUGGGAGGAUUGGGAACAAUGGCGUAAUGAGCAAGAGUCGGGAGGUACUGGUCAGCAGCAAAAGCCCAUCUUCGUAUCCAACGGCGCAUUCGUCGUCAUCGUUUCCUUCUUCGUUGUUAUCGGCAGCUGGCAACACGCUACACAUGGUGUACAGAGCGGCGUCGCUCUUCUGGACGCUCACGAGCAGACGCACGCCGCCAUCAACAAAGAGAUGCGACAACGGUACGGUGAAACGGCCGGUCUGGGCCGAGAGGCAAGAGUGGACAACUUUUUGAAGCAGCGAAACGGCUGGGACAAUUAUCCCCCUCAUCCGCACCACAUAUCCGGUUACUAUCGCAACUUGCCGUCACAGGCACCUCCGCCUCAGUUACCACCACCGGCGCCCAAACACGACGGGAAUUAG